AUGAAAUAUAUUACCAUUUGCAAAGCUCUUUAUGAUUAUACAGCUCAAACAGACGAAGAACUUACUUUCAAAGAAGACGACAUUUUAUACGUAAUUGACAAUGAAGAUCCCGACUGGUGGAAAGCCCAGCGCAAGACAACAUCCCUGGAAGAAGUCGGUCCACUUGGUUUGAUUCCAGCUAACUAUGUUAGCGAAGCCGAACCUAUCGGAGCGAUGAAAGCACUGUACGACUAUACAGCUCAACAGGAAGAAGAAUUAUCCUUCAAAGAGGAUGAUGUUAUGGUACUUUAUGAAAACGACGAUCCGGAUUGGUUUCUUGUCAAAGCCAAAGAUGGACAGAUCGGUCUUGCACCCAGUAAUUACAUUGAAGAGGUCAAUGACCAAGCAGUGACCACGUCAAACACUCCUACGCAAGCCGCAGAUACCGCGGCUCAACCACCCGUUUCCGUCUUUUCCGCAAUAUCGAACACAGCGACCGAUAAACCCUCGGUCAACUUGCGUGAUGAUGCAAUGUCGUGGUCCGUGAGUGAAUAUGAUGUGGAAAAGAAGAAAAAGAAGAAGAAGAGCAAAGGCAACCUUUUGGUAGGCAACAGCAUGUUGUGUUAUGGAAGCGAGACCGACAAAGCAUCCCCAGUUCGCCAGUUCUCCAUUCUUGAUGUCAGUGAUUAUGUUCAAGAUGGCAAAAAUUUGCAUAUCGAAAUGAACGAUUCAGCAAAUACCGUCUUUGACUUUCAAACGGCAUCCAAAUCCGAAGCCAAGGCGAUCAUGUCCAAAAUCGACGAGUCACGAUCCAUUGCCAACGCAAGUCAAACCAAAGCCGCCCCCGACACUCAGACGAAUGCGUAUGAGAAUGACCCAGCUCAUAUCGCUGAAAUGGCGUCGUAUGAUCAACCUUCAUCGUACGAUACGUAUCAUCAUCCGGGAUCUGAGCCGCAAUCCAUACCUGAACCUGAACCAGAGCCACAGCCGGCAGAAGAAGAACUCGAAGAACCUCCUGCGCCCGCAUGCGAACCACGAUGGGCUAUUGUGCUUUACGAUUUUGAUGCGCAAGAAGAGGAUGAAAUUUCGGUCAAGGAGCAAGAGCAAGUACUGGUAACAGAUUAUGUCAGCAGCGAUGAAUGGUGGACCAUUGAGCUUCAAAAUGGUCAUACCGGUAUUGUCCCCAUGACAUACGUUAAAUUCCAAGAGGAUUACGAGGCGGAUCUUGCUGCUGAAGAUGAACAGCGUCAAAAGGCCGAAGAGGAGGAAGCUGAACGGCAAGCACGGGAAGCGGAAGCCGCAGCGGCUCGACAACGCCGACUGGAAGAGGAGGAGCGCGAGCGUAAGCGACAAGCCGAAGAACGAGAACGCGAGGAACAACGUCAAAAAGAGGAAAAGGAACGCGCUCGACAAGCCGAGGCCGAACGAAGACGACGCAUGCAAGAGGAAGCCAAACAGCGGGAACUGGACGCGAAACGACAAGCAGCUCGUGCCGCUGCCGCUGCCAGCUCACCACCGACGGCCUCCUCAGCCACAUCGCCUCGUCGUAGCCAAAUCCCUGCACCCCCACCGCCUGUAAAGUCAGCUCCUAACAAGAUGUUACCGUCAGGCCAAGCUGUCAAGGGCAUUUCAAUCCCUGCCAACCGUUCCUUGCCUGAUCGUCCGACUCAAGCUCAAGAUCCCGGAAAACCAGAAACGUCCAAGAUUCGAACGUGGACCGAUCGUACUGGUGCUUUCAAGGUGGAAGCUCAAUUCUUGGGUUGCCAUAAUGGUAAAAUUCGAUUACACAAAAUCAAUGGGGUCAAGAUCGAUGUUCCAUUGCAGAAAAUGUGCCAAGAGGAUUUGCAGUACAUUCAGAGGGAAACUGGACAAAAGCUCGUCGAGGACAAGAACGAUAAUAUCCCUUUGGCUCAACUGGCUAAUCAGCAUUCCGACGCAAAGCGCUCUUGGGAUUGGUACGCUUACUUUGUCAAAGCCAAUAUUCCAAAGGAAACCAGUCAACGAUACGCAGCUGCAUUCGAUAAAGCAAAGUUGGGCGAAGCGGAUAUCGAUACGUUGACUCAUCGUCGUAUGAAAUCGCUGGGAAUGUCCGAAAAGCACGUGCAAAGACUUCAGAGGUUUAUUGAGAAUAAUGUGGCUGAUCCUCCUUCGGAAGAUGAAGGCAUGGGCUCUCAAACGAUGAAGAAGGGUAAGAAAUCGGUCACCUUUGGAGCCACCAGUGUUAUCAAUGAUGAGGAGGACGAUGACGAGGAGGAAGAUAAUUUGGACACCAUCAAAAGACAAAUUGAGGAAGAUGAAAAGUUGGCCAGACAGUUGCAACAACAAAUGGAUGGAUCAUCGCAGGCAGCUGGUUCAGAGACCCCUCGGGGAGUAGGAUUACAACGUCGCGGUACAGGACGACCCACCCCAGCAAACGCAGCGCCCAAGGACGUGAAUAUGGAGUAUUUGGAGAAGAUCAAGAGCCAACUAAGUUCUGAACCGUUGAAACCGCAGCCGGCGGCACCUGUCGCUUCACCUAAACCAAAUCCUCCUGCGGCCGCAGCACAGCCGCCGCCCCAGGCUGCAAAGUCGGCGUCCACUGGUUUCGAGGACGAUGCAUGGGCACUCCGACCAGGAUCCCCCGCUGUAGCCAAGGCAUCUCCUGUGAUUGCCAACAACACGGGGGCACAACCCAGGCCUAUGUGGUCUGCGCCAGCGCCUUCUUCAGCCUCGCCCAUUGUUAAUCAACCGACGGCUAAUAAUAACAUUCCUCCACCUCCUCCACCGCCACCCAUGCCUCAGCAAGCACAGCAACCUCCUGUUUCUCUUCCUCCGCGACAGCGCCCUACACCACAAGUAUCGCAACAGAAUCAGGUGGAUCCGCAACUGCUGUCCCAAUGGACCGGUAAAGUGAACGCAAACCCUGCCCCGGCAGCAACACUUCCUCCGGCUCAGCGACCGAUGUCUCAGAUGGCACCGCAACCAUCGAUGAGUUUCGCACCAAGUCCUCAUAUGCAGCCAUCACCGCAGCAAUUUUCUCCUUCGCCUAGUAUGCAAACCAUGCAACCACAGCAACAACCGAUGAAUGCUCCGAAUCAAUUCGCCAUGCAACCGCGACCUUCGUUUAUGGGGCAAGCCCAACAACCACAGCCAACCGGAAUGCAAAAUUUCCAAACCAAUCCACAGUUUAUGCAACAGCAACAACAGCAGCAACAACAAUUCCCGCAAUAUACCGGCAUGCAGCCACCCAUGACAGCGAGUGUACCUUUGCAGUCAGUGCUUCCUCGACCCUUGGUCCCUACCAGCACAGGUAUGGCUUCCAUGCAAGUUCAGCAGCCCACUGGUAUGUCAAGUCCUGGACAAACGAAUGCUGCAGGUGGUUCCCGCUCUUGGGCUAAUGCAACACCUGAUAAUCCUUUCGGAAACGCGGGGAUGAACCGACCUCAGAUGACAGGCAUGCAACAGCAACAGCAGCCAAUGGCUUCCACGAAUGUCUCUACCGCAUCACUGCAGCCUUCUCAAGUAUUUGCUCAAAUGACGGGUCAUCAGCCGAAUAUGCAGAACCCUCAAGCGACCGGAUUUGCAGGACGGCCCAUGAUGUCGCAGCCGACUGUGUUUGGUCAACAGCAAUUUGGCAUGAAUCCCAACGACAAAUAUUCAGUGUUUAGGCAGGUGGAUAGCCAUACCACCGGUGUUUUCCAACCGGGCCAGCCGCAACAGCAGCAGCAGCAGCAGCAGCAACAACAACAACAAAUGAUGGGUACAUUCCAGCAACCACAGAAUUUUGGUACUUUCCCCAACCAAGGUCAACCUCCAUCACAACAAUUUUACCAGCGUGGAUGGUAG